AUGAACGAAAUUGAUACUAAAGAUAAGAGAUCCGAACCGGGGAAAUUAGAUACCCCUAUUUCAGGAUCCUGGGCUGGAAGUUCGCCUUCUAUUAAUUUGAAUCCAAUUUCGAAAGUCAACAGAAUGAAAUCUGAUAGUAAAUCUUUAGUUGAAAUUAACAAAUUGAAUUCAAAUGAAUCUGAUUUUCCAGAACCAAAAAGAUCUAAAUCCUUCUCUUCAAUAUUUUGGGGAGAUAGAAUGAAAAAUAAAACACAUCCACGAGUUGUGAGUUUGUAUAAUUCAAGUAGAGAUAACAGUUUCCAACUUGAACCAAGGAAUCUGAAAAGAGUAGGUUUAUCUCUUAAAGAAUGUGGUUAUUUUGAGAAUGAAUUGAUACGAUGCCAAGAUUCUAGUGGAACUGCUGAAAAUUUGAAGGAGCAAAGUGUUGACAAAAUUUUGCAACCAAAUUCUUUACAACGAUUCCUGACUGUAAAAUAUACAAAGUUUGAAAAAAAGCAAGCGAAGGAAUAUUUGGAGUCAAAACCAAUAGAUUUAGCAGGUGACUUUAAAAUUGAUGCUAUUUCUCCACUUUCUCAAGAAACUACUGAAGAUGCUGCUUCUAUAACAUCACAAACUAACCCUGUCGGCCAAAACAUUGAAAACACUUUGAAAUUGAAGAGCCCAUUAUUAAAAAAAAGAAGUAAUUCACUCCUUCGUUCGUCAAUUCAUGAGGCUCAGAAUUCUAUAUAUUCUUUUGAAAAGGGUAGAGAUGAUUCUGCGUUGUUUACCUCUGAAAUAUUACCUCCAAAAAUAGAGAACAAAAAGAAAUUGAAAAAGAAGAAGAACUGGUUGGUAUGGCUCUUUGGAUUGGUCAUCGUAGCAUUGAUUGGUGGGUUUGUUCCAGCUGUGGUAAUAUUAUCUUUUGGGACGGAAAGUGCAAUAAUGAAAUUCAUGAAUAAAAUGGAUGAUGAAAAUCGACUCGAGUUUUUAAACCGGUUAAGUUCGUUAUACGGCAACUACUCGACGAUUCAAACGGUACAGUACAAUACUACCAAAGAUUAUUCCUCUCCAAAUGAGGGGGCUAACUUAAGGGGUUAUAAUGGUAUUGAAGGUAUUCCUGUUGAAUAUUGGUCGGAUGAUGAAUUGAUAAGUCUUAUGUCAAAUGAUAAAUUUGUUGGUACAAUAUUUUACGGAGUAGCAUACUCGCCUCGAGGUGCCUUAAUUCCCUGUAAUACGUCACCUAGGGAGAUAAUGCUUGAUAUUGCAGUACUCUCCAAAGUUACAACUAGGGUUAAAACAUACGCUAUGCAAUGUCAACAAAAUGAGUAUAUUCUUCGUGCAAUACAAAAUUUGAACUUAAACAUGACAUUAUCCAUGGGAGUUUGGAUUGGUAACAAUGAGGAGGUUAAUCGACAACAGAUGAAUGCAUUUAAAUCGAUAUUAAAACUAUUUCCAAGAAAAAUGUUUGAAUCUGUCUACAUUGGUAAUGAAGUUCUAUUUAGAAAUGAACAAUCUCGAUCUUCUUUAUUAAAUCUAAUUCGAGAGGCAAAAGAGUAUGCAACAUCUAUUGGAUAUGGCGAUUUACUGAUUGGAACUACUGAAAUUGGAUCUCUCAUAGAUGACUCCCUAAUGGAAACAUGUGAUGUUAUUGGAGCCAAUAUUCAUCCAUUUUUCGGAGGCGGUGAUGUUUCUAAGGCUACAAAUUGGGUGUUCGAUUAUUUGAAAUUUCAAAUUGAGCCAAUAGGACAUCCUAAUACUAAUGCAAGAGUGGAAAUUACAGAGGUCGGAUGGCCAUACAAAGGAGGCUCUUACCAGUCUGCAAUCGCAAGUGCUUCUAAUGAACAAUGGUUUAUGAAUGCUUUUGUUUGCGAAGCUUACAAUAAUAAUUACGGGUGGUACUUCUUUGAAGCAUUUGAUGAGCCAUGGAAAAGUAUAUUUUAUGAAGGGUCAAAUAAAUGGGAGACGGAAUGGGGUAUUUUCACUAAUGACCGUAAAUUUAAAGAUGGUAUUACAUUCCCCAAUUGUGGAAACAAUAUUUGA